AGGGCUUUUAAAAGAACGAAAACUAGAAAUGCUUGUGGACCCAGAUCUAGAACGUGAUUACAUCGAUUCGGAAGUGGAACAGUUGAUUCAGGUGGCAUUGUUGUGCACGCAAGGGUCGCCAAUGGACCGGCCAAAAAUGUGCGAUGUGGUGAGAAUGUUGGAAGGUGACGGGCUGGAUGAACGAUGGGAUGAGUGGCAAAAAGUGGAAGUUAACCGCCAAGAAAUCGAUCUUGCACCACACCCGAAUUCGGAUUGGAUUCUUGAUUCUACUGAGAAUCUGCAUGCGGUUGAGUUAUAGGGACCGAGGUAAACGUAUAAAGUUUAUGGUGUUGGUUGAAUUUGUGAAUAUUUGAGUUUGUAUUAAUGGGCUAUGAUAACGUUGAUGAUGAGUUAUAUGUCAGGUAGAGGUGCACAAACAGGUUCGGGUUCGGUCAAACCUGGUCAACAUUGGGUUUUGGCUCAAACCGGUUGAAAAGGGGAAAAAGGAUCGGUUUGGUUUGAAACGGUUUAUAACCGGUUCAGUUUGGUUUUAACACGUUUCAACGGAGUUUUCAAACCCAUUUCAACCCUA